CCUUCAGGGCUGCGUGCUCGAGCUUCGGUAGCUUCCGGGACUCACCAUGCCUUCUGACGACGUCGAGUCCGCUACCGAGCGGACUCAUCUCAUCUACCAUGCUGCGAACGACCGUCGAUUGAGCCACCUGCAGCAUGAGGACGAAGCUCAGUCUAUCAUCUCGUCUGCUGUUACGAAAGAUGAACAGCAAAUGGCCGGUAGUACGGUCGGGGAGAGGUUGCCGUAUAAUGACUACACGACCAUUGACUGGUUACAUGACUUGGUCAAAGAUUCAUAUCGAUCUCGCUAUAUCAAAUCUCGAAAAGGCCUACGCUAUGAGCUAAUUUCUCUCUUCGAAGCCUCCUCUGGGUGGAUUGCCGUGAUUAUCAUAGGGACGCUCACUGCCUGUGUAGCAUUUGUCGUGGAUGUGGCUGAAGCAACUGUAUCGGACUGGAAGCUAGGGUAUUGCACCAGGAAUCCGCUGCUCAACCGCGAGGCAUGCUGCGAUGACAAGACGCCUCUCCUAGGAAUUCAAUCCGAGAUUGGUGACCAAUGCAAGCAUUUCCAGCUAUGGUCGGAAAAUUACUGGGCUUCCUUCGCCAUCUACGUAGCUUGGGCGCUCCUUUUCGGUAUCAUCAGCUCCAGCGCCACCAUGCUCACGAAAAGCUCGUUGCCAGCUGUAGCACCGGGGAAGGCAGACAAAUCUAACGAUGCGGACCCCAAAUCGCCGCCGGUUGGGAAAUCUAUGUACAUGGCCGCUGGCUCCGGUAUCCCGGAGAUCAAGACUAUCCUUUCCGGCUUUGUGAUCCCCAACUUUCUUGACCUGAAAGUCCUCGUCGUUAAAGGGUUCGGUGCCAUCUUCGCUGUUGCUACAGGCAUGUGUCUAGGCAAAGAAGGCCCUUUUGUCCACAUCUCCACCUGUGUCGGCUACAUCGUGGGCAACUGGUUCCCUAAGUACCGAGAGAAUGGCCGCAAGCUACGAGAGCUGCUCUCCGCUGCUUGUGCCUCAGGCCUGAGUGUCGCCUUUGGUGCACCAAUCGGUGGCGUUUUGUUCAGCUACGAGGAAAUCAGCACAUACUUCCCACGCAAAGUCCUCUGGCGCGCUUUCCUAUGCUCCCUCUUCGCAGCUAUGGUCUUGAAAGCACUUAAUCCUACAGGAACUGGAAAGCUCGUCCUCUUCGAGACCAACUACGGCACGUCAUACUCCCCAAUCCACUACGUCGUCUUUGUAGUCCUAGGAAUUGCCGGCGGCGUCUUCGGUGGCAUCUUCUGCAAAGCCAACUUCAAGUGGUCGAAAUGGUUCCGCAGCUAUGGCCUCAUCAAGAACCAUCCCGUCUUCGAAGUCUUUCUCGUCGUUCUAGCCACUACUCUGCUUCAAUUCCCGAACCCCCUAACGCGGGAGCCAGGCGAUAUAAUUAUCAAGAACCUCCUCGUCGACUGCCGUUCCCCUAAAUCCGCCGACUCCUGGGUCUGCACCCACGAAGCCGCGGCCGCCUCCAGCACUUCCGCGCGCUGGGCCUACGUCGGCUGGCUCACCUACGGCACCCUCACCAAACUAGUCCUCACGAUCAUUACCUUCGGCUGCAAAGUCCCCUCAGGCGUGAUCAUCCCCGCCCUCGACGCCGGCGCCCUCUUCGGCCGCCUCUUGGGCCAAUCCAUCGGCACCAUUUCCCCCGGCAUCUUCGCCAUGGUCGGCGCCGCCGCCUUCCUCGCCGGCGUCUCCCGCAUGACCAUCUCCCUGUGCGUCAUCAUGUUCGAGCUCACCGGCGAACUCGAGUACAUCGUCCCGCACAUGAUCGCGAUCCUCGUCGCCAAAUGGGUUGCCGACGCCAUCUCCUCCGAAGGCGUCUACGACCUCGCGCAAACAGUGCUGGGCCACCCAUUCCUCGACGCCGACCACGCAACGCUCCUUGUGCGAAAAGAGAGCCGCUUAGUGCAAGAACUCAUUCCGCCCAAGCAAACCAUGGACGAGAUCACAGUAACAGUACCACCGAGCAACAAAGUCCCCCGCGCCUUGUUGCAGAAGAAGCUCGACCAGCUCCACGCACGCGGCCUCAUGGACGCGGGUCUCGUGCUCGUCCAGCCGCUGCCCGGGACCAGCGUGCACGUGCUGCAGGGCUACAUCGCCGAGGGCGAGCUCGCGUUCGGGCUCUCUAGCGCUCCGGACGCGCUGGGCUCGGUGUUCGCGGCGGAUGCGGAGGUGAGAGUGCUGGGUAGCCCGUUGGAAGACGAGCGGGAGGCGCAGGCGGUCAUGGAUCUCACGCCGUUUGUAGAUCGCACACCGCUGACGCUGUGCGUGGCGGCGCCGGUGGAGUAUGCGGUGGAGAUGUUUGGGAGGUUGGGGUUGAGGCAUUUGUGUGUAGUGGAGGAGGGGACGGGGGCGUUGGUUGGGGUGGUGAUUAAGAAGAGGUUGGUGGGGUUUUUGGAGGGAUUGCAUUAA